AUGUUGACAGUAUCUCGUUCCAUGCGUCUCUUAUCCUCAUUUUCCCAAUUCCCUCGUCGUAAUCGUGCAUUUUUUAGUACUCCAUCUCUUCAGUCUCCAACAAUUUCACCACAAGGUGAAAAUCUCACGAAAUACAGUCAAAAUUUGACCGAAUUUGCCAAAAGUGGUCGCUUGGAUCCUGUCAUUGGACGAGAAGAUGCAAUUCGACGGACCAUUCAAAUUCUUUCUCGACGGAUAAAAAAUAAUCCCAUUUUAAUUGGUGAACCAGGUGUUGGAAAAACUGCAAUUGCAGAAGGAUUGGCUCAACGAAUUGCAAUGGGAGAAGUACCUGAGAGUUUAAAACAGAAACAAGUUGUUGCAUUGGAUGUUGCAGCUUUAGUCGCUGGUGCAAAAUUUCGUGGAGAAUUUGAAGAACGAUUUCAAGCUGUUUUAAAAGAUGUUGAUGCAAGUGAAGGCAAAAUUAUUUUGUUUAUUGAUGAACUUCAUACAAUUGUUGGCGCAGGUGGGAACGUCGGCUCAACUGAUGCAGCAAAUAUGUUGAAACCAGCUUUAGCUCGUGGGACGUUGCAUUGUAUGGGUGCAACGACAUUGGAGGAAUACCGAAACUAUAUUGAAAAAGAUGCAGCUUUAGCAAGACGGUUUCAACCGGUUGUAAUCUCGGAACCAAGUGUUGAAGAUGCUGUGACAAUUUUACGUGGACUCAAGGAAAAGUACGAAGUACAUCAUGGAGUACGAAUUGCAGAUAGUGCUCUUGUAGCAGCUGCUACGCUUGCAAACAGGUACUUGACGGAACGAAAAUUGCCUGACAAAGCUAUUGAUUUAAUGGAUGAAGCAGCGUCACGUCUUCGAUUGCAACAAGAGAGCAAACCAGAACCAAUUGAAAAGCUGGAUCGGGAGAUUAUCCUGCGUCGGAUUGAGAUUGAAGCGCUACGAAAAGAAACAGAUGCCGCAUCGAAAAAACGCAUGACUGCGUUGGAAGAAGAAGUGAAGAAAGCGUCGGAAGAGUUGCGCGAGUUGAUGGAUGAAUGGAAUGCUGAAAAACAAAAAUUGGAAGAGAUGCAGCAGGCAAAACGAAACCUUGAAGAAGCACGUCGUGAUUUGAUUGCUGCACAAAAUGGAGGCAAUUACGCGCGUGCUGGAGAGCUCAUGCACUCGGUCAUUCCAAAAUUGGAGGCUGAAGUGGCUCAUGAGGAGCAGGAGGAGGAGGAGAUGAAAAAGACAGGGAAGAGCAGGACUGCACUUGGCGAUGCAGUAACAGCCGACCAUGUAGCUCAGGUAGUAGCUCAGACUACAGGAAUUCCAGCGUCGACACUGAUGGAAGGUGAGAAGCAACGACUGCUUAAGAUGGAGGAGCACAUUAAUCAGCAUGUGAUCGGCCAGGAGGAAGCUGUGAAGGCCGUUAGCAAUUGUGUUCGCCUUGCACGCGCUGGACUUCACGCACACAACCGACCGAUUGGUGUCUUCAUGUUUUUGGGUCCUACUGGUGUCGGCAAGACGGAGUUGACCAAGUCCCUGUCUGAAUUUCUAUUCCAGACCCCACAAGCGCUUACCCGCAUCGAUAUGUCCGAGUAUAUGGAGAAGUUCAACGUGAGUCGUCUGAUUGGGGCACCUGCAGGAUAUAUCGGCUAUGAAGAAGGUGGCCAGCUGACAGAAGCGGUGCGUCGUCGUCCCUACCAGGUCGUUCUCUUUGACGAGUUUGAGAAAGCACACCAUGACGUCAGCAAUAUCCUGCUACAAGUUCUUGACGAAGGUCGUUUGACUGAUUCACAUGGUCGUCUUAUUGACUUCCGUAACACCGUUAUCAUCCUUACGAGUAACUUGGGCUCUGACAUUCUCGCUGGAUUGCCAGAAGGUUCUCCUAGCUCUAUGGCUGAAGCUGGUGUCAUGAACGUUGUACGCUCGCACUAUUCACCGGAGUUUCUCAAUCGCAUUGAUGAGAUCGUUCUGUUUAACCGUUUGAAGCGCGAGGAUAUCCGCUCUAUCGUUGAUUUACAGCUGCGUCAAGUGGAUGCUUUGCUGGAGGAAAAAGAGUUGGCGAUGAAAGUCGAUCCGAAAGCCGAGGACUGGUUGGCCGAAGUUGGUUACAGCCCGCUCUACGGUGCUCGUCCGCUAAAACGUCUGAUCCAGCAACACGUUCUCAAUCCUAUGGCUGUAAAACUCCUUGAAGGAUCUGUUGCCCCGGGCCAGAUUCUAAACGUCAAAGCGAAUCCCAACUACGAGGAAGAAGUUGUUGCGGACGUGAAAACAGCACAACCGCUUUUAAUUACAGUUGAGUAA